ACCACUGAAAAAGAAUUCAUGCUGCAAGCAAAGUUGACAGUUCCAACAAUAACGACACCAACUCGUCGCCAUUUUCUUGUUCAUUUAAAAAGGUCAUUUCAUGCAGCAAAUACACUAAAGACACCUCCUCGUAGAUCAGCAACCCCUUCUGCUGGUGCUGCAACGGCAGCAACAACACAAAAUCGUUGGGGAUCAUUUCAACGAUUAGCCCCUACCUCAUUAGCACCGAUCGAUGUUACAACCUUGUCACGACGACCAGUACCCAACACAAUCCUCAAACCUUAUUAUGCACAGGAUGGAUCGUCGUCGAAAUGGGAACAUAUUAUUCCACUUGUUCCUUCUGACGAGAUUUCGCUUUUACGACAAGCAGGCCAGCUUGCCCGAGAAAUACUGCAAGUCGGAGGGAAAAUGUGCCUGCCUGGUGUUACUACAGAUGAAAUCGAUGCUGUUCUUCAUGAGAAGAUUACAGAAAGUGGAGCAUACCCCUCACCUCUAAAUUAUUCAGGAUUUCCGAAAAGCGUUUGUACAUCCGUCAAUAAUGUCAUAGCUCAUGGCAUCCCAGAUAACCGCGAGCUUCAAGGUGGCGAUAUCAUUAAUAUCGAUGUUACGGUCUUUCUGAACGGAUACCAUGGUGAUACAUCCGCAACAUUCUUAGUUGGCAACGUCGAUACCCGUGGCAGAGAAUUGGUCACAUGCACACAAGAGUGUCUUGAAAAAGCGUUGGCAAUAUGCGGUCCUGGUGUGCCCCUUUCUGAGAUUGGACAAGUGAUCUGUGAUCACGCUGAUACUGGAGGAUUUUCCGUAUCUGAAGAAUUGUCAGGUCAUGGCAUUGGCACAGAAUUUCAUUCUCUUCCUUUGAUUUAUCACCACCGCAACGUUGAGGAUGAAAUAAUGACACCGGGAAUGGCAUUUACGAUAGAGCCUGUAUUAUGUCAAGGAUCUGCAAUGGGUAUCAUGUGGCCCGAUAACUGGACUAUUUCUACCGUAGACGGAGGACGAAGCGCACAAUUCGAGCAUAUGGUGAUAAUCACCAAUCAUGGUGUUGAAGUUCUAACAAAAUAAAAGCAAAGAACCCACAGAACACUUCCUGUGACUUUAUAGAGAUUAUUGUAGAUAGGAAAAUGAUCACUAUUAUAUAUCUAUAUGAACUGUACUAAUAAUAUAUAUAAGCUUUAUAAAAAACACGGCAUAUAGUACCUCCU